AUGUGUCGGAUAGAAGAGAAAAUAUACGUCGGGACAGACGGUGACCAAUCUAGGUUCGAAGACAUCAUUCAAUGUGACAAAGGACGCUAUCGUGGCGAGGCAUGUCCGGAUUCAACGGUUCGAACGACCAAGUACCACGACCCUCAAGAUGGGUUUGCUUCAGAAGAUGGAAAGAACUUGAGAUCCAAUAUUGGGGACAGCAAGGAGAAGCCAUCAACGGUGCAUAGCCAGAGCCUCCGAAACAACCCUAAAGAUGCUGGAACCGAAUCUGACUUAAAGUCCGGGAACAAAAGAGACGAGCUUAAGGCUAAAACACCUGCAGAAUUGUCAAGACCAACAAUUCAAACUGGAUAUUCUGAAGACGAGAGAUGGCGGGUGUCUGAUACGCCGGCAUGGACUGGUUUCCAACUGCAGGUGAGAGAGGGCACGCCUGUAGUCGGAAGACAUGAGGGUUCCUUGCAAGCAGAGCCCAUUAACUCUCAGUUUGAAUACAGGCGCAGUGAAGAUGGCGAUCUGGUCGGGGUUGGCGAGUUCGUCGAAAGACGGCCCGAAUUGACAGCUACCGGGACAUUAUUGGAUGCUCUGAAAGAACUUAACCUUUCAGAAGAUUCCACGGACGAAGAAGCAAAAGAGCGCAGAUAUCGGAGGAAGAAGAAAAGAUGGAGCGCAGGAUUGUUCAAACGAACCCACGAUCAGGCAGUUGGGCAUGAUAGUAGUUAUUCAGACGAUGAACCUCAAGAUGACAACAUCCCGGAAGCGCGACGCUUGCGUCGCAAAGUGCGCAGAGUGGUGCGCUUAGACGAACGGGUCUUACCUGUUGGUGAAGAGGAAGGAAUUUCAGGUACCAGCAACACUAAUGAAUCUGACCUGGAUGGCCCACCUUCCCUCUUUGAAGAGGUAAAGCCUUAUUCAGGACGAAAACAGCAUCAGCCUACGCAAGGUGACUGGGUUCUCAUCCGUGAAAUGGACCCGAAUCGUUCCGAUAUUGCACAAGCAAUCAGUCGUGAGCUUGCCUUGGACUCCAAUUCCGAUGCAUAUACUCAACCAAGCGAAUCUGACGAUGAGGGUGUGUCUUUGUGUGCUGAGUCAAUAUUCUCACAGGAGUCUACGCGUUCUUCAGCCACAGGCGCCUCAGCUGCAACCGGAUACACUGAUGCAGAGAUCAAAACCGCAACAAAAGAGCUUGUGAGCAUCUUUCUGGAGGAUACCGUCACGACUCAGCUCUAUCAAUGCGCGUUUGACAAUCCUUGCAUCGGCCCAGAUAGACUGCAAAGAAACCUCUACCGACUACUCAAGAAAUACUCACAGAAUCUGCACCAUGAAGCCCAGGGGAAAUUGGAGCGCCUGGCCUCACAGUUCGUUGCAGUCAAGGCGCGAUAUGUGGCUCAAUGUGUCAUGGAAGAGUUCCACGUCAAGCCAACUUUGCAGCGGCAGCGUCAAAACCAAGCAAAGGCUGACGACAGUGACCAAGAAGACGCUCAAGAGGAAGAUAAGAUACCGCCAAUCGAUGAAGACAGGUUUGAAGACAUCGCUGUCCUUCAUCAAUUCCUGGUCGGGAGCGCUGCGUUUGGAAUGUUCCAGGAACAGCUCAAGUCAUUCGUACAGCCGAAGCAUUCACAACCAUCUCCUGGCAAAGAUAUGUUGCUGAAUGAGGAAAAUUGCAAGACAGAAACUACAACACCAGCUAUGCAACCUACGGCGACUGAGCAACUGAGUGAAACAGCGUCUCCCAACAGCAACAUCCCUUUAGGCUGGCUCGAACGAGCCCAGCACUCUCGCAACAACUUGCUAGUUGCAAUGGAGCUGCUUGAACCACGACUUCCGCCUGGUAUGACUCGACUACGCUGGUCAUGUAGAUGCGGUGACUCCUUCUACAGCGAUAUUUUCGAAUACCGUCCAGGUGGUAUCGACAGGCUCAAGAAGCAAAUGCAGGGUUCUGGGUGUUUGAAGGUCGCAGCUACAAGCUACAACCAGGGCACGCCCGAGCAGAGAUACAAGUUUGAAGCUCCAGCUUGGCUUCGCUCUGCUACCAAAAGGUUGUCUUCCACUCUCACACAAGCCUCACAAGAUACAUCGUGCUUGCCUCAGCACCACACUUCGAGUGUGUCACAGCCCGCUGCAGCCCCACAGCCCAGUCCGUCUGCUGACCGGCGAGAACUGUAUCUUAUGGCCUGCAUGCAUCGGACGGAGCAUCAUGUCGUCGUUGUCCAGGACGAAAUCACUAAUAUUAGUACUGAUCGCCAGCUUUUCCACUUCCUCCGUACGCAAUUAGCUCGACAUCGCGGUUACCUCAACAGCAUUAUAUCGAUGAGGCGCGUGCAAAGGAUAUACUUCGUCAAGUUCUUCCUUAACAAGGGCCACCGUGCCCAAGUCCGGCACCACAGAACGUGCUGCACGUCGUCAAGGUGUGAUUGCAUACCGCCACAACUCAAGGUCGUAAAGCCACCCGUGGGCUCGGGAGAGUACGAGUGCAAUCCUGCAGGUCCACCAGAUACGUGGCCGCCGAUCUGUCCCGAGUUCAUGAUGCACAUGCUCUACGCACCAGACUGUCUUGAUGAAGACGACGCAUAUGUGCUUGGACAGUUGCCCAAAAAGACAGAUGGCAAGCUCCAAGAGGUGAUUGGGACUCCGACUGAGGGAUGGGGAUUGUACUUGCAAGAGGAUGUUGACAUCAGCACCCUCCUCGGCAUUGUCUUCAUCGUCCUUUUCUUGGCGAGUCUACUGUUCCUGAUUCUGUGGACUGUGUUGAAGGACGACAUACAAGGCGGUUCUGGCGUCAGUGCGUGCAUACUUGCAGUUGCUAGUAUGCUUGGCAUAUGGAUUGCAACGAGGAGCAGGAGUUUUGGGUAG